CCUCGAUUUAUUUCAGAACGAAAAACAGAAGUGUCAGACGGUGUUUUGCUUCCCAGCCCAUGUCUCUAAAAUAAUGGAAUUAUUUCGUUAUUUUUCCAAUUUUCCCCAGAAUUUUAUCCUUUUCACAGUGUUUUCCACCUGAAGUUUUAUUUAUUACCCAAAUAAGCAAUGGAAAGUUCAACUUUCAGUGAGAAAAUCGAGGCAUACUUUUCCGAGUUAGGGCGAUGGAAAGUAUGGAGAAGUAUACUGUUGGGUCAAGUGUUGUCUAUACUGAUGAGCGCGAAAUGUAUCCUAACGACGAUACUGCAGAGCGCGACCUGGCAGUUUCCCACGACGGCCCAGCUUGUUAUACCUUAUUUAGCGCUUUUCGUUUUAUUCGUCCCUACAUUGCUAUGUAACGGAGUCACAAAACUCUCGAAAAAAUGGUGUAUAGUGAUAAUCGCGUGCACACUGGACGUGGAGGCGAGCUGGCUACUCGUCCUCUCGCAGCGUUUCACGUCGGUGCUGAGCUGACAGCUGCUGGCGUGCUCGGGGGUUGGCGCGGCGCUGGUGGGCGGCGCGUGGCGCGGGCGGCGGCUCGGCGCGGCGCACGUGGCGGGCGCCACGCUCGGCCUCAUGGCCAUCGUGUGCGUCGUGUGGGCUGACGUGGAGAGAGCGCCCACUGAUGGUAAAAACCAACUAGUCGGUGACAUGCUCUGCCUAGCCGGGUCCCUUCUCUUCGCUCUAGUGACCGUUCUCCAAGAGAUGAUGCUCCAAGUCCAAUCCUGCCCCGAAUACUUGGCUCUCCUAGGCCUCAUCGGCAGCAUAGUGUCCUGCACACAAACCUUUUUCCUCGAACUCAGCGACCUGAUUAUCUUCAACUGGUACGAGUUGGAAACACUCGUUCAGUUUGGGAGUUACUGCUUGGUGCAGAUUGUGUUUCAAAUACUACAGAGUUUCAUGUUGAGGGAUGCCGGAGCGAUAAUAUUGCAUCUGUCGUUUUUGUCGUCGGAUUAUUAUACUCUUAUUGCUGGGAUGUACAUCUUUCAGUUUAAGUUCCACGCGCUAUAUUUCCUGUCGUACCUGCUGGCUAUGGUGGGCGUGUUCCUGUUCAGUUCCCGCCGGACCACUCCGGGCGAGGCGGUAGCGCUACCACAAGUCGUGCACGAUGCCGUGCAGUCGCAGGACAACGUGUCUAUGGACUACACAGUGCCGAGCCUGGACUGUAUUCCUAUCGAGGGCCUAGAGCCUCCCAUGUCACGCGAUACCACCUUCACGUCCUUCCUCGGAGCCCCUAACGGACACCCGCAGCCCUAUACCAACGGGAAAGACGUUUGCUAAA